AUGGGAAAAGGCGCGGCAAAGUUCGGAUUCCAAAGUGGUCUUCUCCCCAAUGCCCGCUCGAUCUUGAAAAACCCCACGAUCAAGCAGACAUCCAUUAUUGAAAAAGUUAAGGCUCCUAAGCCAAAGGGCCCACAUGGUGUUGGAUACGCCAAGAACAUCGCGCACCCCAAAGGUUCACAUAGGGAUUCACCUGAUGUUAAAUUCAUUGAUGUUGAAGAGCUCAUCUCAAAAACAGUGCCUGAACCACAACAUACGAGAAUUCCAAAAACUGUACAGCAAGAGGCUAGGCUACACAAAGCACAACUACGCAGAUCAUACUUAUCCGAAUCCUUUAGAAAUGAAGAAAAGAGGCUCUUGCACCAAGAAAAAAUGCUACAAGAAAAGGAGGCUGCGCAUGCUGAAGAAAGGCAAAAGGAACUUCUGGCUUUAAAUGAAAGCCGCUCCAGUGAUCUGACCAUUCCUACUAUGGAGAAUACGCUGCAAGGCCCGCUAAUGAGGCAGCGUACUCCAGAGGAAAUGAAAAUACUGGACAUGAAAAGGAAGCACAAUAGAGAUAUACAGCAGUUUCAAGCAAAAGAACGCAAGCUUGAAAAGCUUCUCAAAUUGUUCCAUGUCACUGAUCACUUCAUUGUUACCGAAGAUCAACUCAUCAAAAAGAUAGAUGAGGUUUUCGCAAACGAGGCUUCCGAAGCUCUUCGGACCAAAUUAAGUGUUGGUUCGUCAAGACCUAGGUCGAGGAGCGAGAAGGAUAUCGGAGAUGCUUUGUUUGGAUCUCUGGGCGGUGGUGAGUUUGUGGGUCUUCCAACUAUCAAGGAAUAUGUUUCGGGAGAGAUGCACACCUUCGCCAAUGAGGUCGAAGACAGGAAUAAGCAGCUUUUGCAACAGAGAAAAGAGAAUUUGGAUACAAUCCUGUGA